AUGGGUUUGAAGUACGGCGGGUCCUCAUUGAGGUUUCUUCUACUUGUUUUUGUAGCUGAAUUUGCUUUUCAUGGCUUCACCUACGGAGAGAAAGCUCCUAAUUAUAGCUUUAUCCAAGAAGCAACCUCUGCUCCAACAGUCUCAUUCUACGACUACAUAAUCAUUGGUGGAGGAACUGCAGGCUGCCCAUUGGCUGCAACUCUGUCUCGAAAUGCAACCGUUCUAGUCUUGGAAAGAGGGGCGUCUCCAUAUGUCAACACGACCAAGAUAAGGAUAGAGAACGCUUUGUCUACUCUUACAGACACCUCUCCCGAUUCAUUCUCUGAACCGUUCAUCUCCGAGGAUGGAAUCGUUAACAUCCGAGCACGAGUGCUCGGCGGUGGAACAGUGAUUAACGCAGGGUUUUACUCCCGUGCGGAAACAUUCUUCUUGAAGCAAAAUGGAUUGAAUGAAGCAUUAGCAAAUGAUUCAUACGAGUGGGUUGAAAGGAAGUUGGUAUCCAAGCCAGUCCUAUUGCAGUGGCAAUCUGCGGUGAGAGAUGGGUUGCUUGAAGCUGGGGUUUUGCCAUAUAAUGGGUUUACGUAUGAUCAUAUUAUUGGGACUAAAACUGGUGGAAGUAUUUUCGAUGAAAACGGAAACAGACAUACCGCAGCUGAUUUGCUUGAGUACGCUGAUCCAAAUAGCAUUAAGGUUUACUUGCAUGCUGUUGUGCAGAAGAUCACGUUUACAACAACAGUUGGAUUGAGGCCAAAAGCUCAGGGGGUGAUCUUCUACGAUGCACAAGGAGUAAAGCACACGGCAUUCUUGAAAAAUGAAUCCAUGAGUGAGAUAAUUUCAUCAGCAGGUGCAAUUGGAAGUCCACAAUUGUUAUUGUUGAGUGGUAUUGGGCCCGCCCCUCAGUUGGAGGCACUUGGUAUCAAGGUGGUGCUAAACCACGCCAUUGUGGGUCAAGGGAUGGCUGACAAUCCAUUAAACGGUCUUAUAAUUCCUUCUCCUGUGCCUGUUGAGCUCUCACUCGUGAUAAAUGCGGGCAUCACCAAAUUGGGUAAUUAUAUAGAAUUUGCCAGUGGAUUUGAUUUUUCUGCCCUCUCUGUUGCUCAGAGUCCUGCCAACUUGAAUCAGACUGGAGAAGCAAUGGCUAAUUCACCAGCAAAUCUUGGGUUUAUUUUCGAGAAGUUCAAUGGUCCAAUCUCAAAGGGUUAUCUUGAGCUUCAAAGCACAAAUGUGAGUGACAACCCUAAGGUUAGGUUUAACUACUUCCAAGCACCUGAGGACUUAAGGAAGUGUGUCCAAGGAAUGAAAACCGUCAUCAAAGUUGUGGAUUCCAAAUCAUACUCGAGAUUCCGUGACAACAACACAACAACACAAGAUCUUCUAAACAUGAUGGCUAGCAUGCCCUUGAACCUGAGACCAAAACAUCCUAAUUCUACAGCUUCCCUAGAACAAUACUGCAUAGACACUGUCAUGACCAUUUGGCAUUAUCAUGGAGGGUGCCAAGUUGGAAAGGUUGUUGAUCGAGAUUACAAGGUCCUUGGUGUGGAUAGGCUCAGGGUUAUAGAUGGUUCUACCUUCAGUUUCUCCCCUGGGACUAAUCCUCAAGCUACACUUAUGAUGCUCGGAAGAUAUAUGGGACGAAGGAUUUUAGAAAAUAGAGGAAAAUGAUCCAAUCUAGUUUCAUGCAAGCAUGCAUAAUAAUUUCAUUUCGAGGAAAAUGAAACGGGAAACAGGAAAAUAUGUCAGAGGGAACAUAUCUAAACUUUUGCAUGCUUGGAGUUCGAUUUUUUUAUGUGUUUAAUAAAAUAUAUAUUUAAUAAUCACGUGCUUUACAUGUGACGGUUUGAUGUGGACAAGCAUGCGGGUGGCACGUGAUGAAAUAAAGCUUGUCAAUUGGC